AUGUGUGUAGCCUUCUCUACUACCUUUAAAGAAGUAGUUCGAACCUGGUAUCGGAACCUCGCGCUGAGAUUGAUCAAAAGCUGGUCGCAGUUCGCUGACUUGUUCACUGCACAUUUCAUCACCAGCAAAAAGAGUCCAAAGUCCCAGGGAAGCCUUCUCAAUGUGGUUCAGAGGGAAGGAGAAUCGAUUAGGAGCUACAUCAAAGGCUUCAAUGACACCUGCCUGCAGAUACCGGAUCUCGACCCGACAGUGAGGCUCAUUGCAGCCAAGAAGGGAAUUACCCACAAGGAGUUCAAAUGGCAUGUUGUAGCAAACAAACUGAAGGACAUUACUGAGUUCCUAAAGCUCGCAAACCAAUUCAUUGGCACCGAGGAGGAGAUCAAUCAGAAGGUCUAUAACUCACCCUCAGAGAAGAGGAAGAGAGAAAGUGAAGGAACGAGCAGUGGUGGACAAAAGAGGAAGAAAAGCAAGUCCCCAAGAAGGGGAAGAAACAACUCUAGAAGUCGGUCCCCUUCGCGAUCUCGUAAAUCAGGUCGGCGCUCCAGGACCCCUCCUGUGGAGAGAACGAACUACACACCCCUGAAUGCUAAAAGAGGAGAGAUCCUAAUGGCCAUUAUGGAUUCCCCUUUCGUCAAAUGGCCUCCCAGGUUAAGAGGAGACCCAACAGCAAGAAACCCGAACAUGUAUUGCCACUUUCAUCGAGAUCAUGGGCAUAGUACAGAGAAUUGCAGGAACCUCCGUGAUGAGAUCGAGGAACUCAUCCGAYGUGGACACUUGAAGAAUUUCAUCUUCAGCAAAGAAAGAAGACAGACAUAUCGGCAAGCAGACCGACAAGGAGAUAAGAGGAAUGCCCCAGAAGUCAGCAGGCAAAACGAGCAACCGCUACGACAGUUGCCAGAAGAGAGACCGAUUCGCGGGGUAAUUAACAUGAUUACCGGUGGGUCCAUUAUCGCGGGAAAAUGA